AUGGGCAUUGUGGCUGCACUGUUCUGUCCAUGGGUUGUUUUGGGGGACUUUAAUGCCACAUUAUAUUCCCAUGAGAAGAGGGGUCCUGGUAGAUUCAAUGUGGGUUCCGCGGCAGAGUUCCAGGCCAUGGUGGAUGCUUGUGAUUUGAUUAGCUCUCCUUCCCAAGGAUCAAAUUUUACCUGGACAAACAAUAGAUGUAGAGGACAUGUGGCGGCAAGGCUUGACAGAAGUUUUUUCAAUGCUCAAUGGUUGGAUGCUUUUGGUGAUUGUGGUCAGAAGGUGCUCCAUAGAUCAAUUUCAGAUCAUGCUCCAAUCCUUUUUUCCUCAGCAGCGAUUCCUAAGCCUCGAAAUGCCCCUUUCAGACUUCAUCGUUUUUGGAUGAAAGAGAAAUCCUUUGUGGACCUGGUGAGGGAUGUGUGGUCUAGGGAGGUUAGGGGUGGUCCCAUUGGCAGGCUGGCAUAUAAAUUAAGGGCAGUUAAGGGUGCUCUAAAAGGGUGGGCAAGACAGACUUUCCCUAACUUGGAUGUAGCUCUUAAAGAGGCUACUGCAGAAGUGGAGGAAGUCCAGCGAACUAUUGACCAGAUAGGGAUGUCUGAUGAGUUAUACUCCAGAGAAGCAGAGGCGAAAUCUAAGCUCUUGAAAGCAGUGGAGAUGCACGAAAAGCUUUGGGCUGAAAAAGCUCGCUGCAAUUGGGCAAAACUUGGAGACCGUAACUCAAAAUUUUUUCAUCUAUCGGUUAAGGUGCGACGUAUAAAAAACAGCAUUCGUGCUUUGAAAAAACAAGAUGGUACAAUGGUCUCUGAGCCGCUGCAGAUGGCAGAAUAUGUGUCUUUUUUUUUUGAAAAUUUUCAUAAAGCGGACCAUUGCAUAGAUCAUAUGGAGCUGUUGCAGGUGAUACCUAAUGAGGUGAAUAGGGAGGACUCUUCCAUAUUAGAAGCUAUUCCUGCCAAAGAAGAGAUUAAGAAGGUGGUAUGGGGGUUGGAUCCAGAUAGCUCUCCUGGUCCUGAUGGGUUCCCAGGUGCUUUCUUUAUACAGUGUUGGGAGAUAGUGGGUGACGAUUUUUGUGGGGCUGUGAUUGCUUUCUUCCGCGGUGGGAAGCUUCCGAAUGGGGUAAAUAACAGUUUUGUGACGCUAAUUCCAAAGGUGGAGGGAGCGAUCUCUCUGGAUAAAUUUCGCCCCAUCUCCAUGGCAAACUUUUUCUGUAAAGUCCUAUCAAAGAUCAUGGCUGAGAGGUUAUCUUGCCUUCUUCCUCGAUUGGUGUCAGAUGAGCAAGGGGCGUUCCAGAAAGGUAAGAUUAUUUCAUCUAAUAUUGGAUUAGCCUCUGAGCUUGCUAAUUUAUUACAUACAUCUGUCAGAGGGGGUGGCAUGGGUAUUAAGAUUGACGUGCAGAAAGCCUAUGACACAUUGUCAUGGGAUUUUCUUUUUGCGGUCUUGAAAAAAUUUGGCUUUUCGGAUGUUUGGUUAGCUUGGAUUCAUGAAAUUUUGGUUUCUUCUAGAAUUUCAGUUUUAUUGAAUGGUGGUCCAGUGGGUUUCUUUGGAGUUGAGAAAGGAGCAAAACAUGUUAGAUGUCUGAGAGAAUUCUUGAUUAAUUACCAAGAUUUUUCUGGCCAAAAAAUAAGCUUGGAGAAGAGUAAGGGAUGGCAAGGCAAACUCCUUUCAAUGGCUGGUCGUGCAGAGCUCAUUCGGUCUGUGAUCUUAGGUAUGCCUAUUCAUAAUUUUUCCAUUUAUUGGUGGCCUGAAUCGGUGAUUAAAACGGUGGAACGAUGGAUUAGGAAUUUCCUAUGGUCUGGGGAUAUUUCCACAGUGAAGAAAAUCACUGUGAAAUGGGAAGAGAUAUGCCGACCUAAGGAGGAAGGGGGUUUAGGUAUCAGGCGACUGAGGGAUGUCAACUGUGCAGUGAUUAGCAAACUUGUGUGGCAAAUGAAGCAUGAAGAAUCUGCUUUUAGUUCCUUUUUGCGGGCUAGAUUUGUGAAUGAAGGUGGAGACCUCAAGAAGGGUUAUAGAGCAUCUUCAGUGUUUAAAGGUAUUGCGAAGAUGUGGAAUUUUGUAUCUCUAUCUGAGCGGUGGAUGGUGGGUACAGGUGAGGACAUUUUCUUUUGGAAGGAUCGAUGGAUAGGUCCUUUGUCUAUUGCUGAGCUCUCCCCCCUCCCUUUGUCACAUUUUUACUAUAGCAAUUGCAGAGUGGUAGAUUUUAUUGAAGAUGGUAAGUGGUGUUUUCCCCCUAUUCAGUCUGAAUUUUUAAAGGAUACAUUCAAAGCUAUAGGGAAUAUAUCUUUGCCACAGGGUCAGAAAGACCGAUGCUGCUGGUCUCUAUCCUCCUUAGGAGCUUUCUCCACUAAAUCGGCCUGGGAAGCAUUGAGAAAGGUUUCUCCUAAAGUGGGCUGGGCAAAAAUGGUGUGGAGCUCGGUUUUGAUCCCCCGCCAAUCAGUUUUUGGCUGGAGACUUAUACAUGGAAAGCUUCCUUGUGAUGACAAGGUAAAAAGAAAAGGAGUGCUGCUCCCUUCUAGGUGUGAGGUGUGCAAUAAGGCUGAGGAGUCUAUAAAUCACUUGUUCGUGAAAUGUGAUGGAGCUGUCUACAUUUGGAGGGCGUUUGCUGAAGUAUUUGGUUUUCAUUGGUCCUAUCAGGGGGAUGAUUUUUUAGCUCAUGCUUCAUGGUGGACUCAAAAAUCCAAAUCCAUUGGUCUGUCUCAAUUGUGGAUGGCUGGUUUGAUUCUUGUUCCAUACUUUAUUUGGAUGGAAAGGAAUUCGAGAAGAUUUAGGGGUCUACAUCGAUCUUAUGGUCAAGUCUUUCAUACAAUAAUAGAGGAGAUUAGAAGACGUGGCCCAGGAAAAAAUGACAGAAUAAAAUCUCGACUUGAUUCUGAGAGAUGCUUGAAGCUUAAUAUAGAGGUGCCAAGAAGGAAGACUAAAGGGGUCCAAGAAAUUUUCUGGCUGCCUCCGAUGGAUGGAUGGUGGAAGCUAAAUUGUGAUGGCUCGUCCUUGGGUAAUCCAGGGAAUGCUGGAGCAGGUGGCAUUAUAAGGAACAGCAAGUGCCAGAUUGUAGCGAUUUAUAGCUCCUAUUUAGGAAUAGCUUCAAAUUUCCAUGCUGAAUUUAACGCUUUAAUUGAAGGAAUUGAGAGAGCUAGAGAGCUGAAUUGUGCAUCUCUGUGGAUUGAAUGUGAUUCGGGCGCUGUGAUGGCUGCUAAGAAGGAAGCAUCUACAUCAGUGGUGGAAUGGCCUCCUGAGGUGCUUGAUUUCAUGGCUGAGGAUGCGAUGGGCAUAUCGCGUUUCAGAUUUUAUUAG